CGUGUUACUGUGAUUGUAACGGGGGUUACAACUCAAUGCCCAAAGAUCGAGACAAAAAAGUACCCCUUUCCUUUCCAUUCCUUCUCCCCAGCACCUUCCUCCCUCUUCCUCCUUGUCUCUCUGUCUUUCGUCUCCUAGCUAUGUAUAUACGCAACACAAACCUGCCCUACCAAGAAUAAAACACCCAGAGAGAGAGAGAGAGAGCGAGAGAGAGAGAACGCAAAAGCAAAUGGGAUCCAAGGCAAUGGAACCAGGAGAGAGCAUAGGCACAGCACCAAGAAAGCUGCUGCUAGUUUCAGUGGCCCCAAAGACGGUGGAGUCACCGGACAGAUCAGGGAUGAGAACACCGCCGUUCCAUACAACGGCAGCUGUCCCGUUCCGGUGGGAGGAAGAGCCGGGCAAGCCGAGGCCCUGCAGUGCACUGGCCAUAGUUCCGAGCUCUGGGCCUGGUGAGCCGUACUCGGCCACCAGGACGUGCUUGGAACUGCCCCCUAAGCUGCUGAGCGAGGCCAUAAUAGCCAAGAUGCCAUCAUCUGUCGGUGGGCAGCAGACAUCAUCGUUCAGGAUGGGAGGGGAGUGUUAUGGAUCGUUCCGGAGCUACGUGGUUGCUGAAAGAGUGGGCGACGGCGAUGAUGAGGAGGGCAUUGAUGUGGGUGUAGCGAGAGAGGGUGUCAUUGUGAGGAGCAAGCCCAGUGGGUGGUGGUGGUGGUUCGGUGGGUCUUCUUGGAGUAGAAGGAAGAAUAGGGAGAUGAGCGGGGGCGGGAGCAGCUAUGUGUUCCCUUCAUUCUCAUGUAAUUACGUGGUGGACAGAGAGAGCAGUGAGUGGAGGAGCGAAUGCAGGAACGGCAACAACAACAUGAGGAGGGCAGGGAGCUUCCCUCUCCUCUCUUCCCAUUCAAACUCUCACUUCAGCUGGGCAACUCUGUACGGGGGAUUGAAGGAGGCGAUACCUUGGAGGAGGAGGAGGAGUGGGAAAGCCGGGAAGAUGCGAUCGUGAAUCAGCCAUAUGUCUCUCGACAUUUUGCUAAUGCCACGUCUCCAUCAUCGCCCUGUCAUCCCGAUUCCAGCCAACGUCGUGUUUCGUCCAUUAUCAGUUUUCUGCGCAUUUGAGACGUAGCCAACACAGUCAAAUGAGAGUCCCCCCAUUGCGCUGCUGCUAUCUUCCAACUAUAAAUGCCAACAUGAAAUUCAAUGCAAGGUCUUGUGGCCUCUCUUGGCCGCUUUAGCUGCGAGUGUGUUAGUCGUGUACAAAGCAGAAGCAGUGCCUCUUUGGUUGCGACAUUGUUUUCUUAGUCUGAUUAAACAGCAUGUCUAGAGGAUCACCGAGAGAAUAAACCCUGUGAAAUUACUAGUUUUUAA